AUGGCGCCAUGGGAGGGGAAGGCAGCGCGGGAGGCCGCUGCCGGAGGGGAAGGCGCCGCCGGCCUUGCGCUGCUCGUCCUGGCGGCGCACGGCGGCCUAGAAGACGGCGAGGAAAUCGCGGCCGCGGGCAUCGAGGAUCGCGUUGCGGUCCUUGAAGGGCCGCUCGAGCGUGCGGAUUUGCUUCCCCGUGGUGGCCUCCUCGGCAGCCGCGGGAUCCUCGGGCGGCGACAAGGGCGGGUGAAGGCUGAUAUACACAACAGUGGGACCAUUGAUUAUAUAGAAUUCAUUGCUGCUACAUUGCACCUCAAUAAACUGGAGCGUGAGGAACAUCUAGUUGCAGCAUUUUCGUAUUUUGACAAAGAUGGCAGUGGUUACAUUACUGUGGAUGAGCUUCAACAAGCGUGCAAAGAGCAUAACAUGCCAGCUGCUUUUCUUGAUGAUGUGAUUAAAGAAGCUGGCCAGGAUAAUGAUGGGCGCAUUGAUUACGGGGAAUUUGUUGCCAUGAUGACAAAGGGCAAUAUGGGAGUUGGGAGGAGAACAAUGAGAAACAGCUUGAACAUAAGCAUGAGGGACACGCCUGGUGCCCUCUGA